AUGCGUAAGAAAGCAGCAUCGGGUGUGGCAGCACGUCUCAACAGCAGCUUCCGAGCAUUGCAAGUAGCAUUUAUCAUUGGAAUAUGUGGGGCCUGUCCUCAAACAAACAAGGAGGAAGUGAUUAUGGGCGAUGUCGUUCUCAGCGAGGGGAUCGUCGCAUAUGACUUUGGACGCCAGUUUCCUGACCGAUUUGUUCGAAAGGCCACCCUCACCGAGUCUCUUGGCAGACAGAGCCUGGAGAUCCGAUCGCUCAUGGCAAGAUUAAACAGCUUGAGAGCUCGAAGUCGGCUAAGCCGAUACCUUCUCGUCUACUUCCGCUUAUCUACAAAGCGCUUGGAAAGGAGGAGGUUGGUUAUCCAGGCCCAGACAAAGAUCUUCUUUUUUCUUGCCACUAUCGACACAGGCACCAAGACUCGGCCGCAUAUCUGCAAAGAAGCAGCCGAGGAGACUUGCGACCAGCUGGGGUGUGUCCUCGCACAGGACAUGAUCCCACGCCAUCGGCUCCAACUGAGCCCAGCCGGGCUGCAGAAGGGACCAGACCCAAAGGGGCAUUUUGGACUAAUUGCCUCUGGCGACACAGUCAUGAAUUCUGGUCAAGAUCGUGAUAUCAUUGCAUCACGGGACAAUGUCAUCGCAUUUAUGAUGGAGAGUGUCGGGGUGUGGGAUCACCUUCCACGCGUUUUAAUUAGAGGCGUAUGCGACCAUGCGCAUAGCAAUGAGAGUGAUACCUGGCAUAUAUACGUGGCAGUGAUAGCUGCAGCCGUCUUGAAGGCCCUUCUCGAGGCUUGGCCAGGUUCCUAUCCGCCUGCACGCCACACAUUCAUUGAUUCCAUUCCCUCAAGACUGGGGCUUUGUGGGCCGAGACCAAGUUUUGAAGCUAUAUCCCGAAUGGUUCGUGGAGGUGAGCGAUGGUUGGCUCUGUACGGCAUUGGAAGCAUCGGAUUUAGAAAGUCUCAGAUUGCUGUGCAGUAUUGCUACCUAUUCAAAAACCAGUUUCCCGGGGCUCACGUGUUUUGGACAAAUGCUAGCAGCAGUAGAAGAUUCGAAAAGGAUUACCUUAAAACCCUUCGUUUGCUUGGCAGACAUAAACUCUGCGGCAUAAUGGCGGCACAGGUUCCAAUAUCACAAGCCAUGGACUCUAUAUUAACGUGGCUUCACGAUCAAGAUACAUCGAGCUGGAUUCUCGCCAUAGACAGUGCUGAUGACGAAGAUGCAUUUUUCGGCAGCUCAGCCAGAUUCGCUGCAGAAACCAACAAAGUGUCAGGAAUGCCAUAUCCCAGCCAACCUGUCUACGUGAGGGCCAAAGGUGUGCAUCUCCAUCAACACCUGGAGAUAUUGCGAGAUAGCUCCAUCAAGGCCGGUUUACUAGAAAAACCAUAA